GGCUAAGUGUUGAAAGGUCCGCGACAACCGGGGUGAAAGUUAGACAAUCUGAUCAUAACAGUUGAGUGGGGCGCCGCCGUGAUGACGGACUCGCUGCUGAGCAUGCGCAGAAGUCCUUAACCUGAAGCAACAGGAGGCCGAGUGGACGCGUGAUGUUCAGGGGAAACCGUUAAUUUCAACAGACUGUGUGGAAACACUCCAGUAAAACGAUGGGCGCUCAGGCCUCGUCUGUGGACGGCGUCCAUGUUGUCGUUGUUGGCGGCGGCUUCGGCGGCGUCUCGGCGGCUCAGCAGCUCAAAUCUCGGGGACUCAGUUUCACUCUGAUCGACAUGAGAGACGCUUUCCAUCACAACGUGGCAGCGCUGAGGGCGUCCGUCCAGCCCGGCUUCGCUCGGAGGACCUUCAUCCCAUACGCCGACACGUUUGGAGACAGUUUUGUUCAGGGCCGAGUGGAGCGAGUGGACCCCGACAGGCAGAUGGUCGUCCUGGAGGGGGGGAGGGAGAUCCAGUACUCCCACCUCAUCCUGUGCACUGGGACUGAUGGGACGUUCCCAGGGAAGUUCAACACUGUGGCGUCGUAUCAGAGCGCCGUCCAGGCAUACGAGGACUUCGUCAAGCAGGUCCAGGCUGCAGGCUCUGUGCUGGUGGUGGGAGGAGGGUCGACCGGUGUGGAGAUGGCUGCUGAGAUCAAGACGGAAUAUCCAGACAAGAAGGUGGUGCUGGUCCACUCCAGAAUCGGGCUGGCUGACCCGGAGCUGCUGCCCAGUGUCAGACAGCAGGCCAAAGAGGUCCUGCUGGGGAAAGGGGUGACGCUGCUGCUGGGUCACAAAGUGUCCAACCUGUCGGAGCUGCAGCUGAACGUGACCUGCGAGAACACGGUGGUCACCACCGAUAAAGGAGACACACUGACCACAGAUCUGAUCAUCUGCUGCACCGGACUCAAGGUCAACUCUGCAGCCUACGCCUCCAGCUUCUCCGGCUCUCUGGCUGACAACGGAGCUCUGAAGGUCAACGAUCACCUGCAGGUCGAGGGUUUCUCAAAUGUCUUCGCCGUGGGCGAUUGUGCCAAUGUCAACGAGCCCAAGAUGGCGUAUCACGCUGGACUUCACGCUGCCGUCGCUGUUAGCAACAUUGCCAAUAGUCUGAGCGGGAAGGAGCUGACCUCAUAUUGCACAGGUAACGUCACCAUGCUGCUGGCGAUGGGUCGUGACGACGGCGUGGGGCAGUUUAACGGGUUCAAGUUGCCCCGCUGCCUCGUUACUCUGGGGAAAAGUCGAGAUCUGCUGCUGUGGAAGAGCUGGAGGGAGAUGCAGCAGAAACAGCCCUGAUGAACACAGGAAACGCCGACUCAUCUGACAUCGCGACGCUAAGUUUGCAAACUGGCGAUGUUGGAUGAGGUUUUAAAUGGUCACAGCAGCCUCCUCGUUGGCUUCAGGAAGCAGAACAGCAUCGAGGAAGUUCAGAUAAGAAUAACGAUACAGAAACACACGCCGAAGACAUUUUAGAGUGAAGAUACAUUGAAUGGGGAAGUUAACGAUAAAGUAUCAACACACAAGGUAGAUGAAUGCAGAAGCAAAUGGAGACAAAUCUAAAAAUCUAAAUCUAAUCUAAAAAAUGUGUCACAUUUUGGAAAUGAAUUCAUUCAUUCAUUCGCCGAGUCAUGUGAUUUGUGCCAUGUUGGGAUUAGGACCGGAUGUUGAGGUGCAGGAAUCACCUGUCCAGCGUCACAUACCUGUUGGUGAUGUCACACCGAGCGGAGCUGCGAGGAAAUUACUCGGCAAUUUUUUAUCUGCUCGCUGCACGAUUUGCCAUUUUGUCGUUUCUGACCGUAAAUGAAGUUUUUGGAUUUCCAAGAGGAGUUUCAUCACUUCCUGUUCUCCAAUAAAACAUCAUAAUGCGAAGGUUUUAUCAAGUUGCAGCUUUAAAAUAAAUAAAUUAAAUAAAAUCAACUCAAAUGAUGAAAUGAGGCACAAAUGUAUAAACGGCGUCUUUAUUCGAUUUUUUCCAGCUCAAAACUUCACCAUCUCACACACACACACACUAAAAUAAUAAUAAUAAUAAUAAUAAUAAUAAUAAUAAUAACGAAGAGGAUCGACGGCUGCAGAAACAAACAGUUGUGCAACUAAAACAAACUUCAAACGGUCUCUGGUGGAAAAUAAACUCCGAAAUAUUCCCCACGUGAUGCGAGUUCUGAAAUGAGUUCAGUGAAGGUGAGACAACACGAGUGUUCGAGACUUUCCGGCUACCGACUGGCUGCCAUCAUAUGUCAAAUAAAUAAAUCAAUAAAUAAAAACAUUUUUCAUUUCAGAAGAACAGAUUUUUUUAAAGUAAACAUCUUAAAAUACAAAGUGUGAACAAACUGAACCUCUGAAGACUGAGAACUCAAACAGUUUAGACGGUUUCUAAUCUAAACGGAUUUUAGUUUGUGUUUGUACACUGAGGCGUCUCCUGAUUGGUCCAGCACUUCCUCCAGCUCACAGGUUUUGAGCUCACCUCAGCAAGGCUCCCGUCUGUGCUGCGUUCAGGUGUAGCUAUGGGAACGGGCUGCGUCGAGGUGAAACCAGUUCAACCCGCACGAGCAGGACGGGACUGAAAGAAACGCGGUCCUGCUGGACGCCACGUGCGACACAAACACAAAACGCCAUCUGGAUGAAGAU